AUGACGCAAAAGAAAAUAGAAUGCUAUCUCGAUUGCGUUUCACCGUACAGCUUCUAUGCCUUUACUUAUUUGAAGAAAAACAGACAAGCCCUGGGAGCUUUAGGUGUUAAUGUUGAAUUCAUCCCCGUGUUCCUCGGCGGCAUCAAUGUCGGCAGUGGGAACAAACCACCUUGGACGCUCCCAGCCAAAGCCGUGCACUCGCAGUAUGACAAAAAACGGGCCCAGAACUAUUUCGGAGUCCAUUUCGAAUAUCCAUCAUUCUUCCCUAUCGUCUCCCUACUGCCACAGCGAUGUCUGCUCUAUGCAAAGCGGAGGUAUCCGGAAAAGUAUGAAGACUUGUUCGAAUCAUGCUUCCAAACAAUGUAUCUCCAGGGACUAGACAUAUCGAUCCCGGAGAACAUGGCGACUGCCUGCCGCAAGACGUUUGACGAGGUUCAGACGGAGGAAGUGAUGAAAGCUGCAGGAGAUGCAGAGGUGAAGAAAGCGCUCAACGACACAACCCAGCACGCAGUCAAGGAACUCGGAGCUUUCGGUUGUCCGUGGUUCUGGGUUCACGAUGGCAAAGGAAAUGCGGAGCCGUUCUUUGGCAGUGACAGGUUUCACUACAUGUGGGAUUACCUGGACGUGCCGCACCAAGAUUUGGAGCUCAGAGUACCUCGGUCGAAAUUGUGA